CCCAGGCCUGUCAGAGCCAGGGCCUGGGCCUCCUGAACUUAUUUGUUUGCUCAGCCCCUGCCCGAGGGCCUGAGUCCCAAACACUGCACUGCCCCAGGGCCUGGGCUUGUUGCUUAUUUGUUUGCUCAGCCCUUGCCUGAGGGCCUGAGCCACGGACUCUUUGCUGCCUGCCCUAACACAGGGCUUGGGGUUAUUGCUUAACACAGUUUGCCCUGUCCAAGGACUGGAGUGUGGGACUUGCUACUGCCUGCCAACUGGGCGCUGUAGCAUUCAUGCAAGGUUCAUGCACUUGGCAACAUUCAGGGCACACCCGGAGUGUUGUGUAGGAGCAGUGCACACACGGCUCCUCUCAAGGGCAUGAACCUUGGAAACUCGCCCAGAGGACAUGAACCUUGGGAAGCCUCCCAGGACUGGGCUCAGGGCCUGAGAGCAAGGAAUGCGGUAGAUAGAUAUUGGUAAAUAAGAAUAUUAAACAAAGCCAGUGUAUUCCUUUUAUCUGUUGGAGUAUGUAAUGCACGGGGGGAGAGAAAGAAUAAAAGAGAGGGUGGAAAGCUGACAGGAGACCAGCCCGUUGGCAGACCAGCCUGCUUGCUUGCUUAAAGCCUUGUUCUGUCUUGUAUUUGGACCGCAACAACUGGCACCCAACGUGGGGCCCUCAGCACUCACCUCGCCCGGCACUCAGACGCGUCACUCAUCCGCUUCGCGGAUCCCAGUGAGUAUUUUUCGUUGUGGUAAGUAUGGGAAGCUCCCUCUCUGCUUUGCAAGUGCAACACCGCAAUGAGCUACAGUAUUUGCUGCGUAAGGCUCAGCAUGAUUUCCCCUCUCGAGAACUCACUCUCCUGCUACAGGAGGUGAGUGCCCAAUGUCCGUGGUACCCUGAAGCCGGAACCCUUAGGCUAGCGGACUGGGAGCGGUUGGGCCAGACAUUGCACAAAGAGCCUCGGGCGCCCAUGCAGGCUUUACAUGCCUGGCACCUCUGCUGCGACGCGAUACAGCAUGUUGCCUCGGAAAAGCCCUCCCUCGCGCCAAUAGAGAGGCUGGUGAUCUCGCCACUCCCGUCCGCUCCUGCAGCCAUCCCCCCUCCUGGUGAUGUGACACAGCGUGUUGCCUUGGAAAGACCCUCUCCCGCGCCAAUAGAGGGGCUGCCGAUCUCGCCACCCCCGUCCGCUCCUGCAGCCAUCCCUCCCCCUGCUUCACCCCCAGUGCGUCAAUUACUGCCGCCUCCUUUGUCUUCCCCUCUGGAGCCGGUGAGUGGUCACCAUCCCACCGUGGGGCCCCAUGCUCCGGGGCCCCCCGGGGGGGUCAUCCGCGUCUGCUCAGGGGCUUUCGCUGGUGCAACAAAUGGUUCACGCAGCGAAGACUCGCCCAGAUCUUACAGCAGAGGAAUUAGCUGAUCUGGUCUCAGUUUGCCUGGUGACCUGGCAGAAUGAUGGCCAGGGCAACCAGCUUGCAAACUGCGUCAGUUUGCCUUACUCGGUGUUCAGAGAGGUAAAGAAAGCGAUUCGCGAGUUUGGCCUCACUAGCACGUAUGUACGUGGUCUCCUUGAAGGGCUAGGUACUGGGUACUCCCUGGUCCCUGAAGAUUGGAAGGCGCUGUUGCGCAUGAUGCUGAUGCCAAGUCAGUAUGUUAUAUGGCUUAGUGAGUAUCGGCAGAUGGCGGAACGCCAAGCCCAGGUAUAUAUAGCGCAAGGUGUCACUUAUGAGCAGUUAGCAGGGGAGAGCCCGUUUGCUACCGUUCAGAUACAGUCUCAACUCCAGCAGGCCGUCUUCCCCAUUAUUUCUGCCUGCGCCCAGCAUGCUUUCCAGAAGGUCCCGGAUUCAGGCAAGCCUACCAAAAGCUUUGCCAGUAUCCGUCAGGGUGCAUUAGAGUCCUUUAUGGAUUUUACCAACAGAUUGCAGGAGGCUAUCCUCCGACAGAUGGAUAACCCUGUGGCAGCUCAGGAGAUUCUGUUAAAAAUGGCGGUUGAAAAUGCGAACGAGGAUUGCCGCCGUGCUCUCCAGGCGGCACAAGCCGCUGGCGUUCUAGAGCUGUCGGACAUGCUGCGGGCAUGCCAAAACAUCGGCACACAAGCACAUAAAGCUGGGGUUCUGGCCGCCACCCUGCGGAAAAGCAGGAAGGAGGGGAAGCGUUGUUAUCGCUGUGGUAAGGAGGGUCACUUUCAGCGGGACUGCCACUCAUCGACGGCGCCCGCCCGCCCCUCAAAGAAGUGCCCCAAGUGUCGGAAGGGCUAUCACUGGGCUAAUCAGUGUCGUAGCGGGUCGGGAAACCGCUCGACAGGUCCCCCCCUAACCCAGGACCAAACAGGGGUGUUCCCCACUCAAACAACUGUUCCUCUGCCUUAAAAUCCAUAGACUUCAUGAGGGCAGCGACUGCCGGAAGUGCAGGGCUUGAUUUGAUUAUGCAGGAGGACGCUGAUUUUCAGUUGCCAGGGGAGGUUUGCGCCAUACCUACACAGGUGACGGGACCUCUCCCUGCCGGAUUUGUGGGUCUGGUUCUCCCUCGCUCACACGCUGGGAAACAGGGUGUUUUUGUCAUCCCAGAGGUCAUUGACGCCGAUUACACUGGCGUUAUUAAGGUUCAGGUGUGGACCCAUCUUCCGCAGUCGCUCCCGCGUGGACGGUCAAUUGCACAAUUGAUUUUAGUCCCCUAUCAGGUGCCAGCUGCAGAGGAUCAAGCCCGGGGCGGAGGCGGCUUUGGAUCUGUCUCAGUUGCUGUCUCACAACACGUCCUCUCAACUUGUUGCUCUAACAAUGUCGCUCCACCCCUCGAAACCUCAGUUAACACUUCUUUUAAAUAAUUUUCCUUUUACAGGGCUGGUGGACACUGGAGCUGAUGUUACGGUGAUUCGUGAUCAGGACUGGCCGUCAUACCCCUCUGCCUGGGCUACUUACUGAAGGCAAUGCGCGCGCCGAUCGUGCAUUACGUGGUCAGGACCGUUGUGGGUUCCGGCCCAGUGUGUGCGACCGGCACUGAAACAGCACGGUGUGGCACCAGGGGCUGUCGAACCCCAUACCGGAGUUUCAGCUGACCUUGGAGGAGAACGCGGUGCCUCCCGGGUCGACAAUGGCGAGACGGAGGAGACGUAGCGUCCCAAGCCAGCCUGUGACAUGGGGAGCAGUGAAAGCAUUGGUCGCCGCGGCUCAACAAAGACUGGCAGCAAACCAACAGCCAGAGACUCCUGAGACUCUGUUUGUGGCCAUUCUCGCCCAAAUCACUGCUAAUUCUGUAUUGAUUGUGUGCCUUAUGUGCCUACUAUUUCCUGUAGGGGUUGACUCGGGAGCGCCUCCUCCAUUACGGGCCCAAAUGACGUAUAACCUAUGGGAAAGAUUGGCUUCAAUAGCAAAUAUUACCCACUUUUGUUUAUUUGAUUUUGUAGCAGCUGAAGAAUUGUUAGGUACGUGCCUUAUUCCAGUAUGUCAUCACCCUGAGGAAACAGGGAAUGAGAUGAUGCUCGCUGCCUACGCGAACCUCUCUUCCCAGUACUCUAGCAUGGCUAAUUGGGGCCCGGCCAACUACACUUUACCUUCUUGGACUUAUUUUUUGCUGUUGCUGUGUGCAAUGUAUUUCCUUUUUGUUAAGGCUUUGUCGAGACCUGCCCUGGCAGGCUCCACGAGUUAUGACCUUGUCUGUCCGGGAGUUAAUUGGCUUGCAAAAGCAAAUUGAUGGCUACCAUGAGAUGGCUGAGCACAAAUAAACAAAAAAGGAGGGGAUGUAGCAUUCAUGCAAGGUUCAUGCACUUGGCAACAUUCAGGGCACACCCGGAGUGUUGUGUAGGAGCAGUGCACACAUGGCUCCUCUCAAGGGCAUGAACCUUGGAAACUCGCCCAGAGGACAUGAACCGUGGGAAGCCUCCCAGGACUGGGCUCAAGGCCCAAGAGCAAGGAAUGCGGUAGAUAGAUAUUGGUAAAUAAGAAUAUUAAACAAAGCCAGUGUAUUCCUUUUAUCUGUUGGAGUAUGUAAUGCAUGGGGGGAGAGAAAGAAUAAAAGAGAGGGUGGAAAGCUGACAGGAGACCAGCCCGUCAGCAGACCAGCCUGCUUGCUUGCUUAAAGCCUUGUUCUGUCUUGUAUUUGGACCGCAACAGGGUGCGAGUAACUGUUUUGCCUCUACCGCGGCGUGAGACCCCGCGGCCAGACUAGUUCCCCGGACAUAAUCA